CACAGCCUGAAGAUGUGGUGUCUCAUCCUGCUGUGCUCCCAAGGAAUUGUCUUUUCAGAAGGAUUCACAGCACCUUUCACUCUGAAUUCAGACACAAGUCUGUAUAAGAAGAGUUACAACCCCGAAAGUUUUAUGAAUGCUAGCGAAAUUGUCAGAUAUCAUGGAUAUCCCAGUGAGGAGUAUCAAGUUACCACUGAGGAUGGAUACAUUCUUGGUGUUUUCAGAAUUCCUGCUGGGAGGAACAAUCGAAAUACAGGGAAGAAGCCUGCAGUCUUGCUACACCAUGGUACUUUAGCAAAUUCUGUUUACUGGAUUUCCAACCUGCCCAACAACAGCCUGGGCUUCCUCCUCGCAGAUGCCGGCUUUGAUGUCUGGAUGGGAAACAGCCGAGGGAACACCUGGUCUUUAAAACACAAGACCCUUAAGCCCUGCCAGAAAGAGUUCUGGCAGUUCAGCUUUCAUGAGAUAGGCAAAUACGAUAUUCCAGCAGAGCUGUACUUCAUCAUGAAUAAAACUGGACAGAAGGAUGUAUACUAUAUUGGUCACUCAGAGGGUUCAACUUCAGGCCUCGUAACGUUUUCUACUUAUCCUGACUUGGCUCAAAAGGUUAAAGUGUUCUUUUCUUUGGGACCAGUAGCCACAAUCACGUACGCUACCAGUCCUCUCGUAAAAUUUAUACGUCUUCCCGAAUCACUAAUCAGGUUCCUAUUUGGCUACAAAGGAGUUCUUCAUCAGAAUGAAGUGCUGAAACGGCCUCUAAUAAGGAUAUGCAAAUCUCUGGAAAGAGUUUGUGUUGGUAUCUUAGGCUACAUAGCUGGGGACAAGAUACAAAGUUUUAACACGAGUCGAAUAGAUGUAUAUUUGGGACAUUAUCCUGCUGGAACAUCAGUACAGAAUGGUAUUCAUUGGCAUCAGAUCGCACAUGCAAAACAAUUUCAAGCUUAUGACUACGGCUCUAAGGAAAACAUGAAGAAGUACAACCAGUCUUCUCCUCCUGUGUACGAGAUAGAGAAGAUAAGCAUGCCAAUUGCUGUUUGGAGUGGUGGACUUGACAAAUUUGCAGAUCCAAAAGACAUGGCAAAGCUGCUUCCUCGGAUUUCUAAUCUCAUUUACCAUGAGCAUUUUCCCCACUGGGGACACCUUGAUUUCGUCUUGGGCCUUGACGCAACUGAGAAAAUGUAUCGCAAAAUCAUUGAACUAAUAAGAAAAUACUCUUAG